AUUCUCCUUAAAGAGCUUACAUUUCAGUUUGCAUCCUCUGUAAUUGAACAUCAUCCAAAACUGAAACAAAAUUUUCAGCACAUAUACCCAAUUCACCUCAAGCACAAAUACAGCCAGUUUGCCGGACUUAAAACAACUCAGGACUGUUCGAUUGCAAUGAGAACAAAACACAAGAAAUUAUUCAACUGAUGAAAACAUUGUCUGACUUAUUUGUUCCAAUUAAAGAUGGAGAUAUGGUUGAACCAGUGUUUUUUGGAGGUGACAGACUCACAGAUGAACGAGUAAAUGGUGCCCAGUGUGCAAUGAAAAAUGAAAAUUCACCUACAGAGAGAUUAGAAGGCUUCAUCUCUAAAAUUGAGGAUUUCCACCGCCUUAUGAACUUUUUAGAGGCUAUCCACAAACUGACCUACGACACAGGAAGUGGGCGUGAUCCUUGCACCAUGUAUUACUAUAGAAACCUUCUGAAUGCAAGAAAUGUGAAGGGACAUGUGAAGAAUUCUUACAGGCCUUACAAGCAGCUCUUUUAUACAGUCCUUGAUGCUUUGUGCAUUGUACAUUUUUUAAAUCAUUUUCAUCUUGCUGAUCUGGAUUCAGAAAUUCCAUUCCCAGACAAUUUUAUGCAAAUGACCAAUGAAGACAAAAUAGACUGGUUGAAUGAAACCUGCAGAACAAUAUUGAAAGGUGAAUUCUUUGAUAAUGAAGACGACAUUUUCUCCUCCUUGAGAAAAAUACUGGAAGAUCCAAAUCAUGAAGAAAACUACUGGGUAUCUUGCCGCCAGAAUCAGAGAUUUCAUUGUCAUUUCUGUGACAGAAAUUAUGCUUGUGUAGGAUCUCUAAAAGCACACGAAGAGAGAGUUCACAACUAUAUUGCUAGGGUGCAGAAAAAAACACAGAGCAAAGAACAAAGAAAACUAAAGGACUACAUCAGUAUGCUGUUCAAAUUAAUUUUGAUUCACAGAAACCUGGAUGAGGCCGUAGACAUGGGAGACGGAGAACGUUCUACAAGAUCUGCGAAAUAUGAACUUCCCAUUUACCACAAAACGGGGAAAACGAAAUACACAAUUGGAUCUAUACACCUCACUGCACUUGUUUCAGGGCUGCUUUCACCUCAGCAAACUGAGCGUCUUAUUGCAAACCGUUUUGUGAAUGUGCAAGGAGGUGCCAAUAACAAUAUUGCUCUUGAUGAAUAUCUUGAGAUGCUCAAUAGAGACAGCAAAAUUGCGUGCAGGGGCCACCAAACAAAGGAAAGUAUCCUCAAGCAUUCAAAGGAAUACCCUCUUCUUGUAGAAAUGACCAAACAUGUGGAAAAAAUCAGCAGUGCAAGUGUACGUAAAGGUUUUCACCAUUUGCCAUCAUACACAGCUGAUGUGCAACUUGUCCUGAAAGACCUGCUGGAAAGAAAUGCUGUUCAGAGUGAAGAGGAAAUCAAAUGUAAAAACUUAAUUGCAGAACGAAACCCAUUUGACAAAUGUGCAAGUAAACUAUCAACAAUGAUUCAAAGGCAUAACCCAACAUCCCCAUAUUGCAGACUGAAAGACCCUCAUGUUUAAAUGACUAUGUAUGUACAUAGUAAUUAACUUCUUAAUUUUUCUGAUAGAAUGCAGUUGUUCAUAAUUAAAAAUCUUAUUACCAAAUCUGCAAUAGACUGACUGAAUUUUAAAUGCAAGUUGACAUUUGUUUACUUCAUAAGUUAAUUACCAAGAUGUGACUAUUUGAACUUUACAAGUACCUAAUAUCACUGUUUAUUUGCAGAAUGUGCAGAACAUUGAUUAUACUGUAAUUCAAAAUACUGCUCAGACUGUCAAGUACAUGUAGAUACUAAAUGUUGAAAUUAACCAUUGUGUAAAUGCAUAAGCAUGUGAACUGUAUGUUAAAAUCAUGCCCACGUAAAGACUCAUUAAGUACAUGUAAAAAUAAAGAAGUAAAACAUAAGCUAAUUAUCUUUAUUAACACGAGCAAAAGAUGUAAAAAUAAAAGAUUACAAGGA